AGCGGGGGCAGCACGUUGGGAUGCGCGCUACUUAAGGUCCAGCUGCGUGAGCCAUUGACGUGUUUGGAGCUGGAGACGGCCUGGGCGCUGGCGAAGCGGCGGCCCGAGUCAGAAACCUGUUAGGAUGCCUAUGGUAGGACGGCGGCUGAGAGAUCCAGACAUAAACCCUUGCUUGUCGGAAUCUGAUGCUUCUACCAGAUGUAUGGAUGAAAAUAACUAUGACAGGGAAAAGUGUUCCACUUACUUCCUGAAGUACAAAAACUGCCGGAAAUUCUGGAAUUCUGUCAUGAUCCAGAGAAGACAGAACGGAGUGCAGCCGUCUAUGCCUACAGCAGCAGAAAGAGACGAGAUCUUGGGGGCGAUGGGAAAGAUGCCCUACUGACUCUUUGCAUUAAAAUUGUUUAUUUAACUUAGAAGCAGAUGAAUAUUUUUAAUAAACGGUGACUGUGACCUUUGAACACCUUUUGGGCCUUACGCAGACAGAUCUCCAACUCUACAAGGGGAGACAAAGUUAAGUUAGCCCCGUGUCCUCUGUGUUUGCGCUCAGUGCCAUGAUGGUGGUCCGCCGCGGCUGGCUGUGCCGUGCCGCGGAGUUCGCGUUACUUCCUGAAGGUAAGGGAGCAUUAGGAAAGGUGACAUGAGGAGUCCCGCUUUUCUGCGGGUAACGGGCACAGAGGACAAGGAAAGACUUCGCGGCAGCGCAAGGAAGGUGGUGUUUCCAAGGAUGGGAAAUGACGUGCGCGGCAACGCGAUGGGAGGAAAGCUCGAGCUGGAUCUGGAGAGUGGUCUGUAGACUGUACCACCAAGAGUACGAGGUGGCGGUGGAGAGGCGGGCAGAAGCCCGGGAAGGUGAGUUCGGGGUGGCUGGGUGGCGGGCCUCAAAUCUCCGGCUCAGUGCAAAGCAAGACCCCGACCCUCGCUUCACUCCCUUACCUCUGUUUAAAUAAGGUUAGUAUGUUGACUAGGUGGGGAAACAGGGGUGCGGGGGGGGUUGUCUUAGACAAAUGGCAGGCCCAAGAACUGGUUUUCUUUUCUUUCCGUAAGGGGAGGCUUCAAGGAUUCCGUGACUGAAAUCCACACGUAUUGGAUAACCUUCUGAAGGGAUAGUACUCUUGAAGCGCAGUCAUGGGGAAAAGAUGAUUCUCUUCGAAGUGGGAUUUCUCUUUGCAGGAAGAGAUGGGUAGGAAGGACACAGGGGUUCAUAGGUGAACGCACUGGGAUGAGACUAGAGCCCCACUGCGUUUUCUGCCGUAAACACAACAGCAUUCAGUAUGGUGAUGGGGGCAAGUCGUGUGGCAACUCUCAUACCCACCAGCUAUUUAAAUCCAGUUUGUCUCAUUUACAGAACAGUUUUGUAACAUAUAUUAUUUAAUCAUAUUUAACGUAUACAAAAAAAAUCAAUGAAAACAGCUUGUGUCCCUUCUCUUUAUCUGGCGCUGGGUCAAGAGUAUUAUUUUAAAGGCUGCUGACCAUAAACUAUCCGUCUCAUUGGUCUUUGUCCAAAACCCAGGUCAGAUGUUUUUAAGCCAUCUGACCCUGAUUGUUAAAUGUGAUUCUGUUUGAAUAAAAGAUGGACUGUUUGAGAAA